GCAUAUUAAAGGAUUUCUUUAAAAAAUAUUGAGUUCUUUUAAUAUUAAUAAGUGAAAAGAGUGAGUUUUGGUGUAAAAAGAGCCUAUGGCUAGUAGCAGUGCACGGUCACUGUAGCCACUGGCCUUCAAGGAGCGGUAGGCAGAACCCUUCCUCAGCAGCCAGAUGUCCUGGUACCUGCCCAUUCCAGGAUUCGUCUUCCACGUGGUGGGGUCCCAAAGAUCAAACCAAAGCCGAUAGGGACACCCGAGAAACCGAAACCCAACCCAAAAGAUCAAGCAAGCCCGGAGCCGGAGCCUAUUGUCAGGCCUGGGCAAGAAACAGCCGAUACUUCUGGAACAAUCUUGACAAAGGAUCAGUAUAUAGCUCGUGGGCGGACGGUGCAAAAGGACUUGGCAAGUACUAUAGCAGCAAAAGAUAAUGAUAAAACGAUCAAGCCCGAUGGAACACUUCCAGCGCCUGAUGAGUGGAUUUUACUUGAUACUCUUUCCCUAGAAACACAUACAUUUUUCUUUGCGAGAAGAGACACCGCGCAGAUAUUUUCGAGCUUUUUGAAAACACAUCACUAAUUGUGAUAUAUUUGUGAUUCUAGGAGAUAGUUCAGUUGCCAACGUAAAAGACGGAUAUGAAUUGGUUAAUGGUGGUGGCCUUCUAACAGAGAACGAUAUAACAGACACAAACCAUGUGUACGAAGAUCUCACAGAGAUUCUUCCAGAAGGAUCAGUUUUCACUAGGAUGAGUAUGCAGCGACUCUUUUCCUUCCUUGACCUUAUUCUACGCGAACCUAUAUCCCGAUCUAUACAUUUAGACGCUUCUCUCCCUAAUACUCCAAAUAUCUUAACCUUGCGACUAAUGCUAACUAACGUUUAGAUUGGCACACCAACGUUCCGACAGAUAAAAAUAGUAUCGUCAAUUAUGGCGGAUACAACUAGGAAACAGGAAAGAUUGUGGUCGACGAUGUCGUAGCAGCAAAUGACCUCUUGCCCAAGAGCGAUGCUAGAAGACUCGAAUCAUCCGACGUAACCUUCCAAUCAUGGCAGCACGUUGCCGGCGACAAAUUUGGAAAACUAAACACGGUUGUGCAAAAAAACGUCCAGAAUGAUGGAGCCAGAAAGCUUCUUCAGGACAUCUAUCAGAGACGGGGUCUAAGCAUAGAUUCGGGAAAAGGUGAUUUCGCCAUGGAUCCUAACGAUUUCGAUAGAGAAGAGGACUUUCUGAGUCUUCUAGGGACGGAUAGCGGAAGACCUACGACAUACAUGCUGAAAGAUUAUCAUAGUGCCUUGGGGGAUAAAAAGUUACCCAAAUCUUGACAUAUGCUUACAAGAAAUGUGAAGAUGUGGAGGGGUUUAUGAUCGAUGGACCUUGUUGGCAUAUGGUUUUGGAAAUCGGCAAAUAGGAAGGUUCGGUACAGAAUUCUACUUUCGAUCACGAAUUUUAUUACUAGCAUAAUCAAAUAUUCUUUCACGCGGGAGAAAAGACCCUUCCGAAUUUUUGUGUAUGUCAAUUGAACAAUGUAUAUAUACAGCUAAUAUGGUAAAUAACUCUGGACAUUCAAAGAAGUUAGAUAUCUUAAUCUUGGUUUAUCACAGAGUGUGAAAUUCAGCAUUAGGAGUACCUAAUAUGUUAUUAAAGGCCACUUGGCAUAUCUUG